AGCCCUCAAUCUCUUUCCUCUUCUUAACUUCAUUCCCUCUUGUAGGUUCUGCUUCCUCUGUCUUUUGCUUCGUCGCAACCAGAAGAAACCACAUCAGAGACAAUGGCCACCAACGGUGUUAACGGUGCGAAGCACUACAACGAGGGAACCUUCCUCUUCACCUCCGAGUCCGUCGGUGAGGGUCACCCCGACAAGAUCGCCGAUCAGGUUUCCGAUGCCAUUCUCGAUGCCUGCUUGGCCGAGGACCCUCUCUCCAAGGUCGCUUGCGAGACCGCCACCAAGACUGGUAUGAUCAUGGUCUUCGGUGAGAUCACCACCAAGGCCAAGCUCGACUACCAGAAGGUUGUCCGCAACGCCAUCAAGGACAUCGGCUACGAUGACUCCUCCAAGGGCUUCGACUACAAGACCUGCAACCUCCUUGUUGCCAUUGAGGAGCAGUCCCCUGAUAUUGCUCAGGGUCUUCACCUUGACGACCGUCUCGAGAACCUCGGUGCCGGUGAUCAGGGUAUCAUGUUCGGCUAUGCCACCGACGAGACCCCCGAGCUCUUCCCCUUGACUCUCCUUUUCGCCCACAAGCUCAACGCCGCCAUGUCCGCUGCCCGCCGUGACGGUUCCCUCCCCUGGCUCCGCCCCGACACCAAGACUCAGGUCACUAUCGAGUACAAGCACGACAACGGUGCCGUCGUUCCCCUCCGCGUCGACACCGUCGUCGUCUCCGCUCAGCACGCUCCCGAGAUCACCACUGAGGAGCUCCGCAAGGAGAUCCUUGAGAAGAUCAUCAAGACUACCAUCCCCGCCAAGUAUCUCGAUGAGAAGACCGUCUACCACAUCCAGCCUUCCGGUCUCUUCGUCAUCGGUGGUCCCCAGGGUGAUGCCGGUCUUACUGGCCGUAAGAUCAUCGUCGACACCUAUGGUGGCUGGGGUGCCCACGGUGGUGGUGCCUUCUCCGGCAAGGACUUCUCCAAGGUCGAUCGUUCCGCUGCCUACGUCGGCCGCUGGAUCGCCAAGUCUCUCGUUGCCGCUGGCCUUGCCCGCCGUGCCCUUGUUCAGCUCUCCUACGCUAUCGGUGUCGCUGAGCCCCUCUCCAUCUACGUCGAUACCUACGGCACCUCUGACAAGACCUCUGAGGAGCUCGUCCAGAUCAUCCGCAACAACUUCGAUCUCCGCCCCGGUGUCAUUGUCAAGGAGCUCGAUCUUGCCAAGCCCAUCUACCUCCAGACCGCCAAGAACGGCCACUUUGGUACCAACCAGUCCUUCAGCUGGGAGAAGCCCAAGGCUCUCAAAUUCUAAACUGGGACAGAUAUUCUCGCAGGUGGCUCAGUUGCCCCUGCUGAUAUAGUCUCGUGAAUUUGUUGGCUAUCUUUUUUAGAUUCUUUUUAUUUUGGCAUUUACAAUGGGCGUACGGUUGGGUUUAGACAUAUCCAACGUGUUUCAUGUGGUCUUGUUUGCCUCGGGAGUUUAUGAAUACAAACACCUUUCAUAAAGAGGGGGUCAGACCGGUGGGUGGUAGGUGUCUUUCAACAAAGACUUGCAUGAGCCAGGAAGGCCCAAUUCAUGACGUUUUGCGAUACCCGAAGGGUGACGAACAUUUGAGGAAUACAGCAUCGGCGUUCAGGGGAAAACAAAAGAACUUCAACAUCUUUUCGUUUCCUAUCCUAUAUCCUUAGACGCCGGUAAUUGGCCAUUGGCUCGGCAGUGGAGGAGACAGAGAGGUCUCUGUAGGACAGGCAAAGAAAAAGAAAAUAUAUGGAGCUCUAUGGGGUUUGAUCAUGGAGGAGGAUGGUGCCUUUAAAUUUUGAGGCAUCUAGCGUCUGAAGCGUUACUAGGCGUUAAUCAAUGAAGACCCAUUUGAGGACAAACAAUACUUUACUGCAUCCAUCUCG